UUUCCAACCAUUUCCAUUCAUUUUAGCCAAGUCACAUGAAGAACACAUAUAAAUGUAAAAUAUUUCAAGAACAGUUUAUACAUUAUUGUGCAUUUGCGUUAAUUGGUAGAAUACACGAGGCCAACGAAAUCGAAGGCUAAAAAAAGAUACAAGAUUGUUGUAAGUGAAAUUUAAACACAAGCCUUUCGAUGAGAAUGGUGCGCCCCAAUCGUCGCAAGGGAAUCGAGGAGGUGUACGGUUCCAAGAUGGAUUCCCUGCACCCGGUCAAGUCCGUGGCGAUCUCUCAUGCAGGGAUGACCAAAACAACCACAGUGAGAGGAGCUGCAGGUCCAAAUGGGGGAGCCGGUGGAGGAACCAUUAGCUCCCGGCAAACCGAUGGUCGCACACAGCGCAGUUUUGUCACCGAAAACGAUUACUAUAUUACCACUAAUUUACCCUUGACGGCGGCUAAUUUGCGGAAUGCCCCCAGUGCGAUGACGCAGGCAUCGCCAUCGCAGAUGAUUCCUGGUCAUCCACAGCCAUCGCCCUAUAAUGCCAUGUCCUCGAGGCGAAACCAAAUGGCCAACAAGGCCAGUGCCCGUCAGCCGACGAAGACUGCGCAUUUUGGCCAGGGAGAGGGUAAGAUUAACAACUAUAGUGUGGCUAAAUCAAAGGAGGCCUAUAGAAUGCAGCACCAGCAUCAUGGAAAGGCAAAUAAUACCCAGAGGGGCAACUAUCCCAUGGAUGAUAAUGCCGAGUUCUCGGAUAAAGAGCUAAUGGCGCCCCAGCCGCAGCAGGCAAAUCUGGGAAAUCUGCGCCGGCACAAUCAGCAUUCUCAUGCACAUCAGAUGCAAAUGCAAAUGCAAUCGGGAAUAAUGCAGCAUCCACCGCAGCAUCAGCUUCACCAGCAGCAGAUGUCGAAUCACAGCCAGUUGAAGCAUCACCAGCAACAACAACCGCAUUCACAUCCGCAUCCACAUCCGCACCCACAUCCGCAUCAGAAGCACUCGCGUGGGCGACAGCCAAUUCCGACGAGCAAGGUGCACGUGAGUACCGCCGAUGACGAUGAGAAGGAGGACGAUCCCGAGGAGUUCUUCGAGCUGAUUCGCCAAACCGUCCAGACGGCCGUAGGAAACACCAUUUCGGAUGCAUUGGUAAAGAACUUUCGGGAUCUCAGCCACAAAAUCGAAAGGUUCUCCGGCGAGUUGAAGCAGACCAACGAGAAUCUGGACAAACUGCAGGAACAGGUUACCAGUAAGGUUAUAUACUACGGCGAAGAGAACUCCCGGCACUUUCGCUACUUGUGCAUGAAGUCCGAGUACGAUAAGAUGUUCUACCAGCAUCAAUCGCUGAUGACGGGCAAACCAAGUCCCGAGAUGAUCAAUCUUUCCAAGGCAAACCUAGUAGCAGCUGCCUCGGCGGGUAAAAGUCUGGGAUUCAAGCCAUCUCAGAGUCUAAAGCACCAAGGGGGAAAGAGUCACAAGAAUCACACAAAAGUGUCUAGUUCACAAAAGAAGGAGAUGAACGAAAGUCUGAAGAAUUCGGGGGCCUAUCACAGUGCUUCCAAGGCUCAGCAGCCGAUUGUGGCAGCCCGUAAAUCCUCUUCGGACCAAAGCUUAGUUGGAAAAUCCUCUGAUUUUGGCGUUCGCGAGGUCCUCGAUCACAUUCAGCGCUACUGCACUCAGGUGCAAAUGAAGGAAAUGAACGGACAUGUGAGUGUUGAUGGUCAGCUGCCCAAUCUCGAGGACAUUUUGAUGCCCAAGAAAAUGUCCAGUGGUGGACUGAGUGAGCCGGGUGCUAAAAGCUCUCGUAAGAUCGCCGGCUGUCAGGGUGAUAAAAAGGAUGACGACACAGAGGUGGAAACUCCGGUCGAUAGUAUGGAUGAGACCUACACGGAGGUCGACGACUUCCAGUUCUCCUCGGAAAUCUCAUCGUGCAGCGAGGACGAUGAUUGUGGCUUGAAAUAUCCGAGUGGAGCGGCCACAGCUCGUCCUUCAGCCAAAUCAAAUAGAAGGCCGGUCAACAAGGGCGCCGGAGAUGGUCAGUAAUGUAAUGCCAAUGGACUAGCUAUAAAUAUUUCUUACCAGAUCAGACAAAUGAAUAAGCUACGAAGGAGGAGGAGUAAUCUAUACCCCAUAAAUCAUCUUAAUACUUGUUUAAAUCUUUCCUUUGGAAUGCUCUAAAUUUCCCCUCAAAUAACGUAAAACCCAAAAAAUGUAAUAUUUAAAUUUAGACUACGUAUUUAAAAAAAUUGGCAAUAACUUAUGGAUUGCUUGUACUCAAUCCAAUCAAUUUUGGGAUUCAUAAUUAAACUGUGUUCAAAAUCAAUAAAAU